GCUGAGAAGGAAGAAAGCAAAGCAAGGCAGGGAAGGAGAGGGAGAGAGAGAGAGAGAGAGGGUGGGGAAAGCGAAGUCUCUCUCUCUGGCGAAAGCGAGGCGAGGCGGAAUCCCACAAUACCAGGCGGGUUAGUAAGCGAGCUUGUGGAGCUCCCGCUGUCUCUUUAAUGCAAGAGGAAGCGAUGCGGAGGGGUGGAAAAUGGCAGAGCUGCAGAUGUUACUAGAAGAGGAAAUCCCUUCUGGCAAGCGGGCUUUGCUCGAGAGCUACCAGAAUCUCACCAGGGUAGCCGACUACUGUGAGAGCAACUACAUCCAGGCUCCAGACAAAAGGAAAGCGUUAGAAGAGACCAAAGCAUAUACAACCCAAUCUUUAGCCAGUGUAGCUUAUCAGAUCAAUGCAUUGGCCAACAAUGUGCUCCAACUACUGGAUAUCCAAGCAUCCCAGCUCCGGAGAAUGGAGUCUUCAAUCAAUCAUAUUUCUCAGACGGUGGACAUACAUAAAGAGAAAGUGGCCCGUAGAGAGAUCGGCAUUUUGACAACCAAUAAGAAUACAUCCAGAACACACAAAAUCAUUGCUCCAGCAAACAUGGAGCGUCCUGUAAGGUAUAUUCGAAAACCUAUAGACUACACAGUGUUGGAUGACGUGGGCCAUGGUGUAAAGUGGCUAAAAGCCAAGCAUGGAAACAAUCAGCCUGCGAGAACUGGCACUUUGUCAAGAACAAAUCCGCCUACACAAAAACCACCAAGUCCUCCAAUGUCAGGCCGGGGAACUCUGGGACGGAACACCCCCUAUAAGACCCUGGAGCCUGUUAAGCCGCCAACGGUCCCUAAUGAUUACAUGACCAGUCCUGCGAGACUUGGAAGCCAGCACAGUCCUGGAAGAACGGCAUCCUUGAACCAGAGGCCCAGAACACACAGUGGUAGUAGCGGAGGAAGCGGCAGUCGAGAAAACAGCGGAAGCAGCAGUAUUGGCAUUCCCAUUGCCGUGCCUACACCUUCACCACCCACUAUUGGCCAAGCUCCACCAGCACCACCAAUGCCCCCACCUCUCGUGAUGGGCAGUAUGAUAGCUGUUCCUGGGUCAGCUCCUGGUUCCCAGUAUGGCACAAUGACCAGGCAGAUUUCCCGACACAACUCUACCACUUCUUCGGCCUCUUCUGGUGGAUUUAGGCGGAAUCCUUCUGUGACUACUCCAUUUUCUGCUCAACCUCAUGUUAAUGGCGGGCCUCUCUAUUCUCAAAACUCAAUUUCUAUUGCUCCGCCCCCUCCCCCUAUGCCUCAGUUGACUCCACAGAUACCUCUCACAGGCUUCGUGGCCAGGGUGCAGGAAAACAUUGCCGACAGUCCAACUCCGCCACCUCCACCACCUCCCGAUGAGAUGCCUAUGUUUGAUGACUCUCCACCACCUCCUCCACCACCACCAGUGGAUUAUGAAGAUGAGGAGGCUGCGGUAGUACAGUACAAUGAUCCGUAUGCAGACGGCGAUCCAGCUUGGGCACCUAAAAGCUAUAUUGAGAAAGUUGUUGCCAUAUAUGACUACAUGAAGGACAAAGAUGAUGAGCUGUCAUUCAUGGAGGGCGCAAUCAUUUAUGUUAUAAAGAAGAAUGAUGACGGCUGGUAUGAAGGUGUUUGCAACAGUGUGACUGGCCUGUUUCCUGGCAACUAUGUUGAAUCAAUCAUGCACUAUGCGGAUUAAGUUCUCUCUUCAGGUCAGGUCUUGUGUUCAAUCAUGCCAUAAUUAUUUACAAAGAGUAACUAAAAGGUUAACACUUGUCUUAAUACUCUUUAAAAAUGUGCCCACCCUUUCAGGCCAUACUGUUUAAAUGGUAUGAUUGAAUGUUCAUCUGUAAGCAUUUGUCUCUGCAGAGUUUGUAAAACGAGCAACUGUUUAUUACUGAUUAUGCUUAUUUACUUAUGCGUUGUUGAUUUUUAUGACCAGCCUAAAUAUUCUGGGGAAGUAGGGUAUAUAAUAUUUAAUGACUCAUGAAUCAAAUUGUGCCAUUACUUUUUUUCAGUGCAGCAUGGUAAACUAACAACUGUUAGACUAACAUUAAAUCUGGAUGAAAAUUUUGAUAGUGCUGGUCAUUUACCUUUGUUUAGACUCUUGCUCAUCCUCAAAGUAUAGUAUUUGUUUAAAAGCAUGCAUACAAACUUAUGUAUUGAAUUAUACUUUCUUUUCCAAAAAAUCCAAGAUGCUUCCAAUUUGUUGUAAUCUUUUACCUGGAGUACUCUUUCACUAAAAGUCUAUUCCAAUGAGUCAUUUGAGUCUCUGAGGUGUCCAUGUGAAUCAAAAAUGGGUGGUCUUAUGAUGUGUAUGUAAUUUGUACCUGAGUUUUUUAUGAGUAAAUUUGCAUUGACUUUUCCAUUCAUAAAUACAUAAGUGAACCAAAGGUCUUGUCCAUUACUUUUGUUGGCUUGCCUUGCAAAGCAAUACUAAAGCAUUGGCUUAGCAAAAUUCCCGCCACACCCCUUGUCAGCAGGGACACUUUUUAUUGCAAGUCCAAAACUCUUAACGUCCUAUCAAAGCAAAACCACAUUUCUGCAAGCUGCGUAAAAUUACAGACUUUGGUUUCAUUCACUGUAACAGGAAGUGGUUAUUUCUGGAGACUACUAGCCAUCACUCUUUGGGUAGUUAUUAUAAACAGUGAUAAAAGGCUCAUGGGGGGAGUUUAUAGAGUAAAGGAGUCUUGUUUGUGGACAGCAAUACUGUUAUCUUCUCCGGUCUUAUCAGACUGUAUUGGUCUGGAUAUGUACCUGUUCUUACCCCUCUGCAUGUGAUCAGAGCUGUCCAAGCUGAUAGUGCUGAUAUAGCAUAAGAGGGUAAUCACAUCUUCUGUCCCCUAGCUGCAAUUCUAGGGGUCAGUUAUGAAUCACCCCCUAAUUGCUCUAGUAGUGGAGCUAUGUUAGGGGUGAUUACCUUUACCGGUUUUGGCAACUGGCUAAUUAACACCUGGAGCCCUGGCUAUGAGGUAGUGCACUCUGGCUACAAAACUUUCUCCACUCUUAACAUUCCAUAAUAGGCAGUGUGUGGGUGAACAAUCAACCCCAAGUCGCUGUUCUAUUUACCACCUCACUUUAUCCUUGUCCACUUAAUACUAUGAAGGUCUUAUGUCCUGCUGAAAGGAAUUGCAUCAUUGAAGGGAUUUGCUACUGAUUUGUCCACAUCACUGUAUUUAAGUAGGUUGCUUCAAAAAUUAAAUAAAUCCAGGAAUACAGAGUGUGUGGGUCCAAACGUAGGCAAGUACCAUCAGAGAGAGGAUUAUGAUGGUCCAUACAUCCUGUUGAAAGAAGCGAAUAUCAUCUGUUCACAUAGGGAAGGACAUGGGCCACUGCAGCCUAUUUUGCUCUUAUUAGAAUGCAUGCACUUUGGCACCUCCAUUUUGAGCACAAGGUCAGGUGACAUUUCUGGCUCCAGUUUGUACAAAACUUGUAUUACUUAGAUAAUCUAAGGGAGACGACGAUUUAGUAAGGGAUUUAUUACUAUAUGUAGUAAAGAUUUAUUUUGGGCGUAAGUGCUGUCCUAAUGGGUAUUAAAAAUUUAAUUGAUGAAAAAGCAGGUGUACUGGCUAUGUGUGAGCAAGCAGUUAUAGUUAUUUUCUAGGGUGACAUUAAAUAUUGAAGGAUCCCUUGCCUUCUUAUCUUACAUAAACCUAAUUAUAUUAAAUGCUUUUUUUGCCUUUCCUACUUGUUAACAUGUUAUUUCUGAGCUCAAUUAGCAACCCAUAAAACCUAUCUGUAUUCCCUCUAUAAAUUGGAACAUCUCUUAAUUUGUAUAUAACCUGUUUUAAUUACGAAACGGAUGUACAGUCUUUUAUAAUAAACCAUUCUCCUUUAAUUUUCUGGGUACUCUGAAAUUCUAACAGGCAAUUAGAUCAUUCAAGGUAUUUGUUAUAGUCCCAGCACACACCAGGGAUUGCAGAAGUGAUUUUUCAACACAUUGAUUGUAUUUAUUCUUUGUGGCCUUCGGUGUCAAUAUUGAACAAUGUAAACAAUACCCACACGAAACAAGAACCCUCCUCAUUAAAACCACGGGCACAAGGCAUUGCUGCCAGCUUAACAGACUGAUCUUGUGUCAUCAUUUUGUAUGGCUUCCUUCAAUAAAACAUUUUUACUUCAUAAACCUAGUUAUAUUUAUUUCAGUGAGGAUAACUU